AUGUUUUCUCAUUCUCUUCUUCCCAACAUUUCUUCUCUUUCUCCCAUCUUUUCCUUCUCUUUCUCCCAUCUUUUCCUUCUCUUUCUCCCAUCUUUUGCUUCUCUUUCUCCCAUCUUUUGCUUCUCUUUCUCCCAUCUUUUGCUUCUCUUUCUCCGAUCUUUUGCUUCUCUUUCCUCUUUUUUUACUCUUUUUGUCUUCUCUUUCUUUCCAUCUUUUUUCUUCUCUUUUCUCCUUUCUUUACUUUUUCCUUCCUCUUUUCUUCUUUUUUUUUCAUUCACCCUCUUUCUUUCUCACCUUUUCUUCACUUUUAUUCUUUUCCUUUUUUAUUCUCUUUCUCCUUUUCUUCUUUUCUUUUUUUCCUUCACCCUCUUUAUUUCACUCACCUUUUCUUUCCUUCUUCUUUUUUCUUUUAUUCUCUUUCUCCUGCCUUUUCUUUUCCCCACUCUCUGUCUUCUUUUCCCUUCAUCUUUCUCUCAUUCUUUUUUACCUUUUUCUUUUUUCUCUUUCUCCUAUCUUUUCUUUCCUCCCUCUCUAUCUUCUUUUCCUCCACUUUGUACUUUCUUUUCCACCUACCCAUUUUCAUUCUCUCAUCAUUUCUUCCCCUUUUUCUUCUCUUUCUCCCACCUUUUCUUUUCUUCCCUAUCUUCUUUUCCUCCACUAUCUACUUUCUUUACCCACCUACCUGUUUUCAUUCUCUCAUUGUUUCUUCCUUUUUUCUCUUUCUCCUGCCUCUUCUUUUCCUCUCUCUCUAUCUUCUUUUCCUCCCUCUCUAUCUUCUUUUCCUCCCUCACCUUCUUUCUUUCUCUUAUCUUUUCAUUCUUUUUUUAUUUUAUUCUCCUGUCUUUUCUUUUACUUCCUCUCUUUCUUAUUACCCCUAACCCUCUUUCUUAUUACCCCUCACCCUCUUUCUUAUUACCCCUCACCCUCUUUCUUAUUACCCCCCACCCUCUUUCUUUUUCUCAUCUUUUCUUCCCUUUUUCUUUUAUUCUCUUUCUCCUAUCUUUUCUUAUCCUUCUUUUCCCCCAUCUUCUUUCUCUCAUUUUUUUUGGACUCUUUAUCCAACUUUUCUUUUUUCUUUGUUUCCAUCUCUAA